AUGCCCAGCACAUUCGCCCAGAAUGCAACAACACCUAGUGCCCCUGGCCUCACGUUCCUGUACUCGCUGAACUGCACCCUCGGUACGACGAUAGACAUCGGCUAUGGCCCCAAGGGACAUCGCGUGGCCAUACCCAUCACGGGAGGCUAUUUCAAUGGCCCGAGGAUGUCGGGGAAUAUAUCGGAUCUGGGCGCAGACUGGGGCACCACAGACAACAAGACCGGUGUCUUCUCGGCUGACACAAGAUACAACUUGGUCACCAACGACGGGGCCAACAUCUACGUCCAGACGUCCGGGCCGCAGCAACCAGACGGGCAUUUGCACCUCCGCCAGAUCUUCGAGACUGGUCACCCUGAUUACUACUGGCUGAACAAUAUAGUGUCAGUCGGCAUCUUAACUGCUAGGGAUGGCUGGGUGAGCAUUGAUGGGUGGCAGCUUGAGAGCCCUAUAGCGUAG